AGAGGCCCAGUUGCGUAGGCACUUUCCACUGUGAGUUGUGACGCCGCCGUCCCUGGCUCCUUGCUGCGUGCUGCCCUUGUGCAGUUGUGCUCCUUCCUUCCUUGCCCCGUACCCCGCCGGCGCGCCCUGAGCCAAAUCGCAGGCUGCCAUUGUGCCAUGGACGAAGGUGCGACGACGAGCGACUCGUCCGCUGCCGAGACAUUUGAUCCGGACCUGAUUCACGCCAUCUUCAAGCUGGUGUGGAGGCGGCGGGCGGGGAAGGGGGCCGGCGGCGGCGGCAGCAUUGAGGACAUCGAUGCGGAGCGUGCUCCAGAGACAUCGAGGAGAAAUCGGAGCACAACUGCCAAUGCGACUGCUCUUAAAGUCAGCUGCGAACUUCUACGGAUAUUUGUAACAGAGGCUAUUCAACGCUCUGCUUUUAUCGCUGAAGCGGAGGAUGGUGCUGUUAUUGAACCCACCCACCUAGAGCGUGUGUUGCCGCAGCUGCUCUUGGACUUCUGAGGUACCCCAUGGAGCCUCCAAAAGCAUUUAUCUAGGCGUGUCUGCUAUGGAAGGAUACAGAUGCCUGGAUGCAUCAACAGAAUCUUAUUGCUGAUCUAUGUCUUGUAAUCUGUAAACACACGAGAUUUCUAUAUGGCUUUAUAAAAAUGCAUGCAUUUCUUGGAA